CCAUUCAGCGUCGCGCGCCGGCCGUGGAAGAAAGCCCUCGCCGCUCUUGUUUUUCCUAUCCCACAUUUUUUGGUUCUUUGUUUGUUCGUCCUUUUCCCUCUCGGCGUGGGAGCCGCUGCAAUGCCGCUUUACGAGGGUCUCGGGAGCGGCGGGGAAAAAACCGCCGUGGUGAUCGAUCUGGGCGCGGCCUUCACCAAAUGUGGCUUUGCAGGAGAAACAGGACCCAGAUGUGUAAUACCUAGUGAAAUAAAGAAACCUGGUAUUUCAAAGCCUAUCAAAGUUGUUCAAUACAACAUCAAUACAGAAGAAUUAUAUUCAUACCUGAAGGAAUUCAUUCACAUGCUUUAUUUCAGGCAUUUGCUGGUAAACCCCCGAGACCGUCGUGUUGUGAUUGUAGAAUCUAUACUGUGCCCUUCUCAUUUCAGAGAGACGCUCACAAAGGUUCUAUUCAAGUAUUUUGAGGUUCCUUCAGUGUUGUUUGCACCAAGUCACCUGAUGUCUCUUCUGACACUUGGAAUUAAUUCUGCAAUGGUUUUGGAUUGUGGCUAUACAGAAAGCCUGGUGUUACCUAUUUAUGAAGGAAUUCCUGUUCUGAACUGCUGGGGUGCCCUUCCUUUGGGCGGAAAAGCCAUUCACAAAGAACUGGAGUACCAGUUGCUGGAGCAAAGUACGGUAGAUACAGGAGCCACCAAAGGACAGAGUCUUCCUUCAGUGAUGGGUUCUGUUCCAGAAGACAUUGUAGAAGACAUAAAGGUUCGCACUUGUUUUGUGAGUGACCUCCAGCGAGGGCUGAAAAUUCAGACAGCGAAGUUUGAUAUGGAUGGCAGUGCUGAGCGUCCAACUGCACCACCUGAUGUAGACUAUCCACUGGAUGGAGAGAAGAUUUUGCAUAUCAAUGGAGCGAUCAGAGAUUCUGUAGUCGAAGUACUCUUUGUGCAAGACAAUGAAGAGAAAUCUGUGGCUACUUUAAUAUUGGACUCUCUUAUGGAGUGCCCAAUAGAUACCAGGAAGCAACUGGCUGAGAACUUGGUAGUAAUUGGGGGUACAGCUAUGUUACCAGGAUUCCUGCACAGGUUAAUGGCUGAAAUAAGGCACCUGGUGGAGAAGCCCAAGUACAAGGAGAUCCUGGCCUCAAAGACCUUCCGAGUGCACAUGCCACCAGCCAAGCCCAACUCUGUGGCGUGGUUAGGAGGAGCCAUUUUUGGAGCCCUUCAGGACAUCCUUGGCAGUCGUUCAGUAUCAAAGGAAUAUUACAACCAAACAGGGCGCAUCCCUGACUGGUGCUGCCUCAAUAACCCUCCUUUGGAAAUGAUGUUUGAUGUAGGAAAAACACCUCCACCAUUGAUGAAAAGGGCUUUUUCCACAGAGAAAUAGGAGUUCUGUUCACACCAUGGCACUGCCUUCUUCCCUCCUCUACCUGAAGUUAGACUGUUAUGGAGCUUAGUGGAACACGUUGGAUAAAUCUACGAGUUAAAUUCUGGGGCACUGGUCACAAUUUUGGCUUAUUAUGUUCCUUUCUGUCAGUUACAUUGGCUUAAGAUGAUGCCCCCAUGAUGUUUAUUUAUAUACACAAGUAAUAUCAACACAAAGGCUCAAGCCUUUACUGUUAUUUAAAGUAUAUAGAUAUGGUUUUUAAAACUCACUUGCUUGGAAUCUGAUGCUGCACAUACAAGUUCUUCUGCCAAAUUCAAUGCCAUGUUUAAUUUGAAAUUCGUAGCCUGGUAAAAUGUUUUUAAAGUUUCCUUAACAGUUUUGAGGGUUUUCUUGGAAAUUUAGCAAACAAACCUGUCCUUUGUUUGUGUUAAGAGUAAGGAAGGGCAGUACGUGCCUUCUUGAUGAUUAUCAAGUGUUGUCUCGGAUGACUGAUAACCUUCCCAUCCCCUGGUAGUUAUUAUAUUCUUAAAAUUAGAACUUGUAGUUCAGAAACAUUAGGAGAGCCGCAAUUCCUAACAUCCCUCACCAUUGGCUGAGGAUCCUGGGAAUAGGAGCUCAGUGACAUCUGGGGCUGGCAUGUUCCCUGUUCCUGAAGGAAAAGCUACCCCUUAUGAAAAGCCAACCACAAUAUUGUCUUUUACUUGUAGUGGAGUCAGAGUGGUUAAAAGCUGAAACACAUGUUAAAACUCUUAUAUAGCCAAUCAAUACAAAUUGUCUACACUUGCUUUUUUAAUUUCAGCUGCUUUAAUUUAUGUAAUUUGCUUGAAACAUUCUACUCCUCCCUUCAACCCAGCAAUUUCCCACAGCAUCUUGCAUACAUCAACAAACAUUUAGGAAAAUCCCACAUGUUCAGAAAUUUCUACCUCCAUUUUAUUUUACUUGGAAGAAGAUCCAGCAAUGGCUUUGGUUAUGCUGAUUUUCCUGUGAGAGAUCAAGUCAUCCAGCACAUUUCAUUAUGAUAUUCUCAUGUAGAAAUGAUACAGCCUGUCAAAUUUCAGAAAAAUAUUAAAAUCUCCCAAAUCAA